AAAGCUUGUACAAAAUUCCCAGUACGCGCCUUGUCCCUCUACUCCGUCAUCUCCAACUCCCGCCGAAACCCUAAUUCUAAUCGCAGCUCCAGAUGGCGGUGGUCGCCGAGAGAUCUUCGGCCUCGGCCAACCCGCCGGAAGACAAGCCGGUGAUCGUUAGGGUUAAACGCAAGGCAUUGCAGUCCUCACUCGACGCUUUCUGGCUGGAAAUCAAUGAGAGACCGGUGAAGCGUCCGUUGGUGGAUUUUGAGAAGCUUUCGAUGUUGGAUUCAGCUGGAAAGGCAGAGCUGAAAACCAAGAAGGUUUUGGUACAGCAUGUAGAGACAGUAAGCAGCUUUGACACCAGUGUUGAUGUUGUGAAAUCAUUUCUGGACCCUAAUACUGGUGACGUGCGUGAUCGUAAUACUAAGAUUGGAGAACGUAAAUAUGCUUUGAGAAAGGAGAAUCAGAAACAAGAUCUGAUUUUGUCUAAAGCCAGACAGAGGAAGGAGGUUGUAGUAAAAAAUGCACGUUUUGAACAAAUAUGGAGGAGCAGAAGAGGAAACAAAGAAACAUCACAUGAGAAUUUGCAUGAAAUGUGUCAUUUCUAUGAUAUUAUACGUGUUGACGUUGCAGAAAAACCCAAGGAUGAGAUAUCUUUGGAGGACCAGAAGCUUUUGAACAGUUACUUGCCUCUGCUGAGAGAGUUCAUCCCAUUUGCUGCUUCUGAGAUCGAAUCAGAUUUAUACGCUAACAGUUCCAAACAAGAUUCGGAAGAUGAGUAUGUGUAUGACUUGUAUGCUGUGAAGGAGGAAAGUGAUAUGGCUAUUGAAGAAACUUCAAACCCAUUCCCCUUGGUCCAAGUUGAUGAUGAGGAUUUCUAUGAUGGGCCUGAUGAAUCUGAAUAUGAAUCUGAUGAUUCAAAUGCUGAAAACAACCCGCUAAAUGAUUAUCCGGAUGAGAUAUCUGAAGAAGAAGAAGAGGAAUCAGCGAACAAAGACUCCGAUGAUGAAUCAGAAGAAAAUGAAAGUUCCAGCGACAAAUCAUCAGAACCUGAGGAUUUAGAUGAAAAUGACUUUUUUGAAGAUUAUAUACGAUGAAAACAACGACGGCCAUGACUUUGAUCACCAUGUUGAUCCAAGUGAUGAAGGUGAAGACCGGAAUACGAUCUUAUAGGUGAAACUUUGGCAUUCAUGUAUCUACUUUCUUCUUCGAACGAGGAUUUGGUUACCAAGAUCCUUUUACGUUGCGGUAAUUUCUCCUGGACAAGUAAACCAAUGUCGGAAGUUAAUGAUGGAUUAGUGGUUAGAUGUGAAUAUGAAGCCCUUUUGUACAGCCUAAUAGUGAUGGAUCUAUUAGUAUGGCCAUUGAAAUCUUUCCUCUGUUAUGUUAUUGCAAGUCCAUCGUUC